CCUCUCUCUCUUCGUCUUCUUUCCACAUACGCGUCUUCUUCUGCUUAUUGUACAUUUAGCCCCACUCCUUAACUAUCUGCUGCUCUUCUUUCACUCUCUACUCUCUUGAAUCUCUUCCUUUUCUAUUUAAUGUGAACCUGUGUGUGUGCACAUUUGGAAUAAUAAGGAAAAGCCUGGUUUCAAUCAAAACACUUUCUCCACACGGCUCUUCCCCCACAAUCUUUCUUUUUAAAGCUUUUUUCUCCAUUGCUCCCCUCUGAGAUUCUUCUUUGGUAACUGCUCAUGGCAUGCUUUCAUGGUAGUUGAAACGACCGAGUUUACUCGUUUGCGGAACUCGGAAGCUACCUCUCUCUGUCUCUAGACCGCGUGCCCGUGAAUCCCUCAUUGUAUUUGGGAAGAUGAAUACUGGUGGUCGGCUCAUAGCCGGUUCUCACAAUCGGAACGAGUUCGUGCUAAUCAAUGCAGAUGAGAGUGCCAGAAUACGUUCAGUGGAAGAACUAAGUGGACAAUCAUGCCAAAUCUGUGGAGAUGAGAUAGAGCUCUCAGACGAUGGAGAGUCCUUUGUGGCGUGUAACGAGUGUGCUUUCCCCGUCUGUAGAACUUGCUACGAGUACGAGAGACGGGAGGGGAACCAGUCUUGUCCUCAGUGCAAAACCCGUUACAAGCGCAUCAAAGGGAGUCCAAGGGUUGAAGGAGAUGAGGAGGACGAUGGAAUCGAUGAUCUUGAUUUCGAGUUUGAUUAUAAAAGUGGGCUUGGAGGAUCUGAACAAGCUUCAGACACUUUCUCUCGCCGCAACUCGGAGUUUGAUUUGGCUUCUGCUGCACACAGCUCUCAGAUUCCGUUGCUUACUUAUGGAGAUGAGGACGUUGAGAUAUCUUCAGAUAGACACGCUCUUAUCGUCUCUCCAUCACCUUCCCAAGUCAAUAGGUAUCAAGCUCAUUUCGCUGACCAGACUCCACAUCUAAGACCAAUGGUACCACAAAAAGACCUUGCGGUCUACGGAUACGGCAGCGUCGCCUGGAAGGAUCGCAUGGAGGAGUGGAAGAGAAAGCAAACCGAGAAGUUCCAGGUGGUUAAACACGAUGGUGACUCCACCUUAGGCGACGGAGAUGACGCUGAGAUUCCAAUGAUGGAUGAAGGAAGACAGCCACUGUCUCGAAAAGUACCGAUAAAAUCGAGCAUGAUCAACCCUUACAGGAUGCUGAUCAUCCUCCGUCUCAUCAUCCUCGGCCUCUUCUUCCACUACCGUAUCCUCCACCCCGUCAAAGACGCCUACGCCCUGUGGUUAGUAUCAGUCAUCUGCGAGAUAUGGUUCGCUGUCUCGUGGGUUCUCGACCAGUUCCCAAAAUGGUACCCCAUAGAAAGAGAGACGUACUUGGACCGUCUCUCGCUGAGAUACGAGAAAGAAGGGAAACCGUCCGAGCUGGCCGGGGUUGACGUGUUCGUGAGCACGGUGGAUCCUUUGAAAGAGCCUCCGCUUAUCACAGCCAACACUGUUCUGUCCAUCCUCGCGGUUGAUUACCCUGUGGACAGAGUUGCUUGCUAUGUAUCUGACGAUGGUGCUGCGAUGCUUACUUUCGAGGCGCUUUCGGAGACGGCUGAGUUUGCUAGGAAGUGGGUUCCGUUCUGUAAGAAGUAUAGUAUAGAGCCGCGUGCUCCUGAGUGGUACUUUUGUCAUAAGAUGGACUAUUUGAAGAAUAAAGUUCAUCCUGCGUUUGUUAGGGAGCGGAGAGCUAUGAAGAGAGAUUAUGAAGAGUUUAAGGUUAAGAUCAAUGCUUUGGUUGCGACUGCGCAGAAAGUGCCUGAAGAAGGUUGGACUAUGCAAGAUGGUACUCCUUGGCCUGGUAAUAAUGUUCGUGAUCAUCCUGGCAUGAUUCAGGUGUUCCUUGGAAACAACGGUGUUCUCGAUGUUGAGAACCACGAGCUACCUAGGCUAGUCUACGUUUCUCGUGAGAAGAGACCCGGAUUUGAUCAUCAUAAGAAAGCUGGAGCCAUGAACUCCUUGAUACGAGUCUCUGGAGUUCUAUCAAACGCACCUUACCUUCUCAACGUCGACUGUGACCACUACAUCAACAACAGCAAAGCUCUCAGAGAAGCAAUGUGUUUCAUGAUGGAUCCUCAGUCAGGAAAAAAGAUCUGUUACGUUCAGUUCCCUCAAAGAUUCGAUGGGAUCGAUAAGAACGACAGAUACUCUAACCGCAACGUUGUCUUCUUCGAUAUUAAUAUGAAAGGUCUUGAUGGAUUACAAGGGCCGAUAUACGUUGGAACAGGAUGUGUGUUCAGGAGACAAGCGCUUUACGGAUACGAUGCGCCGAAGAAGAAGAAGACUCCGCGCAUGACUUGCAACUGCUGGCCUAAGUGGUGUUUCUUUUGCUGUGGUGGAAGAAAGAAUCGUAAGGCGAAGACAGCUGAUAAGAAGAAGAAGAAGAACAAGGAAGCUUCUAAGCAGAUACAUGCGUUAGAAAACAUCGAAGAAGGUGCGACCAAUAACGUGAAGUCACCAGAGGCGGCGCAGUUGAAGCUGGAGAAGAAGUUUGGACAGUCUCCUGUUUUUAUAGCCUCUGCUGGUAUGGAGAACGGUGGGCUGGCUAGUGAGGCUAGUCCAGCUUCUCUCCUUAGAGAAGCAAUCCAAGUCAUUAGUUGUGGCUACGAAGACAAAACCGAAUGGGGAAAAGAGAUUGGGUGGAUCUACGGUUCUGUCACUGAAGAUAUCCUAACGGGAUUCAAGAUGCAUUCUCAUGGCUGGAGGUCUGUUUACUGUACGCCGAAGAUACCGGCUUUCAAAGGAUCAGCUCCCAUUAAUCUCUCUGACCGUCUCCAUCAAGUUCUUCGUUGGGCGCUUGGUUCUGUUGAGAUUUUCAUGAGCAGGCAUUGCCCUAUUUGGUACGGUUAUGGAGGCGGUUUGAAAGGGCUUGAGAGGUUGUCUUACAUCAACUCUGUGGUGUAUCCAUGGACCUCUAUACCUCUUCUCAUCUACUGUUCUCUUCCAGCUAUAUGUCUCCUCACCGGGAAGUUCAUCGUCCCUGAGAUUAGCAACUAUGCAAGUAUCCUCUUCAUGGCCCUUUUUGCGUCGAUAGCUGUAACAGGCAUCCUAGAGAUGCAAUGGGGCAAAGUAGGGAUCGACGAUUGGUGGAGAAACGAGCAGUUUUGGGUGAUAGGAGGCGUUUCAUCUCAUCUCUUUGCUCUCUUCCAAGGUCUCCUCAAGGUUUUAGCCGGUGUCAACACAAACUUCACAGUCACGUCAAAAGCAGCAGACGACGGCGAGUUCUCGGAGCUUUACAUCUUCAAAUGGACGUCUCUCUUGGUCCCUCCGACCACGCUACUGAUCAUCAACGUGGUUGGAGUCGUUGUGGGAAUCUCUGAUGCGAUCAGUAACGGAUACGACUCGUGGGGACCGUUGUUUGGGAGAUUGUUCUUUGCUCUUUGGGUGAUUCUACAUCUUUAUCCUUUCGUGAAAGGUUUGCUUGGGAAACAGAACAGGAUGCCUACCAUUAUUCUUGUCUGGUCGAUCCUUCUGGCUUCUAUCUUGACGCUUCUUUGGGUGAGAGUUAAUCCCUUUGUGGCUAAAGGUGGUCCAACACUAGAGAUAUGUGGUUUGGACUGUCUUUGAUUGAUACACAAGAAACGUUUUUCCACAGAGGUUAAGUAGAGAGGGAGAGUCUCACAAGAUUUGUGUAACUGUGUUUUAUUAUUAUUGGGGGAGAAAAACAUAUUAGAUUGGAAAAGAAAAUGGAAUUAGAUAUGUAAUGUUUUUCUUUUGGAAGGUGUUUGUAUUGUAGAUAUAGAAGAAGGUUGUUGUCUAUUUUGUUAUUGUUAUAUAUUUUUAUGUGGGGAAAGUGAUUCAAAGAGAUGUUAUAUUAUUAGUUCUUUCAUUGAAUA